AUGUCUUCAGAUCCUCCGCAGUCAUAUGGUCUUCAUGUUCGUAAGCAACAACAGCAGCAGCAGCAGCAGCAGCAGGGAGGACACGAAGAACAAGAGGAACAAGAACAAGUGGCAAACAACAACGAAAACCGGAUACAACAAGCCGCAUCGAAUGAAUCACACCAAUCUGAGGCAACAGGUACGAAAAGAUCGUACCCUUGGCCCGAGCCGGCGGUCCUUCAGCCCCGUCUAGAAUCGUCGACGCAUGCCCGUUCAAUUAUUGGAGUUCAAUCCAUCUUGAAUCCCACCGAGGGUGGCAACUCGCAGGUUGACAAGCGACUUGCCCAAGAUAGCAACAACAGCAACAACAAGUCGACCAUGGAGUUGCUUCCACCUCCUACAUUACCUCCGUCUCCUCAACGGCGUAGUUCUUCUUCACCCCUCCUCGCUUCCACCUCCAAGUCGAUCAGUGCCAAAUCAUACCUUCAACACGGCGGAGGAUCAUCUGUUUCACCGCCUCACCCCCCUCGUCGUAUCAUCACACCCGUCUCGCCUGCCCUACGCCACGCCAGUGUCGGUGGAAAUAAUAACAUUGGUCCUGGGUCUGUUGGUGCAACAAGCAAUAGUGGUAGUGGUGCAGGAACAGUCACAGUAUCCCAAUCACCAUUUGUGCAAGAGUUAUCUGCAGGCGUCUACAGCACUCCGGGACACGGACGAGGAUCAUCGGGUCCGACUGCAAUCUCAGUUGAGUACUCGGCAGCAUCAAGAUACUCACCAAAACUGGCCGUGUCAGCUUCUAGCCGAAACCCACCGUCUCUACAACUUUCUCGCCAUUCAACUCCGACAUUCCACCAACACAGCCGUCGUCUCAGUGGAGGAUUAGCCACCAACCCGAGUUCACAGGCGUCCAGUCCAAGCACACCACAUUCCACCUUUAGCUCAUUCGCACCCUCGCCCUCUAUUACAUCGGGAAUACUUCCACCUCUGGGACAGCCCACCUCGUUGCCUCCUUCAGCGGUUGACUCUGCCUCCCAAUCCCCUUACAUGGGCAUGGACCCUUUGAGUCGCACGCCGAGUCGUAUGAGUAGCUCAAGGUACGGGGACGAUCCCCACUCUAUUGCCUAUCCCGGCCCGAAUGACAUGCUGGGUCAAGCCGGCAAUCAUGGCCAGUAUAGCGGCGGUCCCAUGAUCCCACUUACUAUUGACUUGAAAUCUGGAUCGAGAAGCCAGGCCGAGAAACGAAAAGCAAACAGUGACGCUUCAAGACGGUUCCGUAACCGGAAGAAGAAUGAGGCUGCACUUGAACAGAGAAUCAACCAGCUGAACGAACAGUUGCAAUUCUUGACCGAAGAAAGAGACUUUUACCGUUCCGAGAGAGACUUCUUCAGAGAUACAUUGGGUCAACAUGUUGGUACCUCACAGAUGCCGUCUCGUCCUCCUUCUCCUUCGCCUUCACGUCGCUAUCUUCAGUCUACGGCUAGCCCCGGUGACCAGCCAUCACCAGCAGACUCGCACCAAGCCAUUGGCAUGGGAGGAGAAAUGAUGUCCAAGACUAUGAGCACCGGAACUUCCUCGUCACUGGCAUCAGCCACGCAACGCAUGCUUCCAACUCCAGCGUCUGGCUCGGAUGCUUUGUCAUAUGCAUCGUCUGCUGCAGGCCAGCAACAUCCUGACUCAUGGCCGAGUGUGAAUCCUCCUGCUGGCAAUUACCAACAUCAUCCUUACCGGGAAGAUGUUCGGUAUAUGUCAAAUAUGAGGUAA